GCGGCUGUUUGUUUACAAGCUGGUCUCUGAGUCCACAUUGAUGUAUCGACGGUGGUUUUUAAUGAUUUAGCGCUCUCCUCUUCGAUUUUUGGGAGCUUUCACCCAAAAGUCACAUAGUUGGAAGCUAAAUUACUUUCAUCAAGGGACCAGCAGUUGGGAUAAAAGGAAAGAUUAUGGAAUCUAAUGAGGCUAAUUUGAGGAUACCAGCUGUCCUUAUGCCUUCAUAUCUCAGUGUCAUAAGUACAGAAGAGGGCAAAGCUGCAGCCAAGAGAGUAAGAGUGAACUGUGGAAUCUGCAAGGAGAUUCGCUAUUACUCGAUCCACAGAGGUGUAACACGCAUGGGAGGAACAGUAGUAGCAUGUGAAGCAUGUCGACAUUGUUAUCAGAAGUUCAAGAGGCAGCCAUGUAUAUUACGCUGUAAGGAUGAUGGCAGUUGUUAUGUGCUUGGAGAUAACUCCAAAAACAGAUGCAAAGCUUGUUGGAUUGCAUACAUUCUGGGUCGAUGUCCUGUGGAGAGUGACUUGUACACUCAUCUUGUAAAUCAUCUUCCUUCCAAGCUUAAGGCAAAAAUGGCCGCCAAACCUCCAACCUCUGAAGACGUGCCUGAGAACGAGCGUGGAGCCCUGGGCCUGGAGAUCAUGAAGGAUAAGGAGUGGGUUGAUGUGACACUGGUGCCUGAGGUCAAACCACCAGCACCCAGCAGUGAGGAUGAGGAGGAGGACAGCAACAUUUAUGAUCAAGACUUUGAGGCUUCGCUGGAUGAUGACAAACAUAUGGAGCAGUUUGAGGUUGCACAAACAUCAGAUGCUUAUGAUGAUUAUGCUUCUGACUACCCUGAGAGCAGAGACUCACAACUGCAGAAUAUAAGCGAACUAACCAGAGAAGGAAAGGAAAAUCUGGAGCAACAGCCAGUACGAUGGUGGAUGGAGCCAGAAGCCGUCAGCUCGACCUACACCGUCCUUCAAAAUGAUAGCAGUCACACGUAUUUCAAUAUGGAUGCCGGGAACACUAUGGAUGGUCUGACGUCUCUAACUCCAAUGCAGCCAGCACAGCCUACUGAUGGCUUUACCACGUUAACACCGAUGCAGAUUGCUCCAGAACACCAGCACCACCAAAAUGGCUUCCAUGAUUCAGAGAUAGCAUUGCUUGGUGUCAAGCAGGAGAAGUGUGACUGGCAGGAUGGGGAGAGUCAAGAAGCAAAAGUGUUUCAGAAUUUCCGUGUCAAACAAGAAUUUUAUCCUCAACAUGAGCAAAUUAAUCUUCAUCUGCACCCGAGCCCAUACUUUGGUCAUUCAGACGUCGGCAGUCAGCUGAAUUUUGCCAUGUUUGGCCAUGAACACGGCCUCCUUAAUGGCACUGCUGGCUGGAAGGUCGAGGGCCAUUCUCUGGAUGGACUUAACAAAGGUUCACCACUGCAAGAAAAUGCUGAUGUGAAGAAGAAGAAGGGAAGAAAGCCAAAAAUUAAGCUUGAGAAAAAUGAAUCAAAGCCAAAAACGAAAUCACCAUCCGAUAAAAAAAAGAGGCCAGCACCUAUACUAGGACCUGAUGGUUUGCCUCUUCCAAAGCAAAGGAAGAAGGUGGUCCGGUUCGAUGGUGUACCAGAGGAGGAAGUAGCCAAGAAAGUUUUACCUGAUCAUUUGGGACCAAAUAUGGAAAUACUUGUUUGUGUCUUAUAUGCCACUAAAUAUGUUUUCCCUGAAUCAACCGUGAUUUCUUUAACUCCAGUUCAAUUAUUUAUUCCAGGGAAAUGCAUGUAUUUAUCAGGGCUUAUCCCAGAACCCUUCACAGCAUACGAUGACUUCCGGUUACUGGAAUAUGGCAUUGGGUUUACCAACAUGGUCGCUCGCACCACGCGGGGCUCUGCAGAUCUUUCACGUCAAGAAAUCAAAGAAGGUAGCAAGAUUCUUCGCUUGAAGUUGAAGAAAUACAAGCCUCUCGUAGCUGUGUUUAAUGGCAAAGGUAUAUAUGAAAUAUAUUCUGGUAAGAAGCAGUUCUGCUUUGGAAAGCAACCUGAGAUGGUCGAAGGAACCAAUACGUACAUCUGGGUUAUGCCAUCUUCAUCAGCUAGGUGUGCACAACUGCCAAGAGCUCUGGAUAAAGUUCCCUUCUACUCGGCACUUCGAAAAUUUCGUGACUACCUUAAGGGUACUAUAAAAGAACUUGAUGAUGAGGAAGUUGUGUUUUCUAAUGUAAAACUUACCAAUUACAAGUCUCCUGUCAAAGUAGAACCUAAAACAGAGCCCGAUGAAGAAGUCUCUGAGCCAGCGGAAACACUUAAACCCAUCAGAAGGAAAUUGGAAAGUGAGCGGACAAAGGGGCACAAAUCAUCACCAAAGAAAAAAAUAACAUCAGUGAAAACUGAAAAAUUAUCUUAAUAUUAUUUUUGUCUUAAAGUGUAUUUUUUAAUAUGCAGUAGGCAUUGGCUAGUGCACUGAGUUACAAUUACGGACCUGCCUUGUACUUUAUAUCUGUAUAGUAUUUUAUAUUUGCUGACAAACCUACGAGAAAGAAUCGGUAGGUUUAUGGGGCCUCAGCACCCCCUCCUUUUACCACGGCAACAAAUGCAAAUGAUGUGUACCAAGGAAUGCAAAUUGCAGCAAGAUCUUACACCAAGCUAGCUGAUCUGUCAGCUUCUAACAUAUGGUAGGUCACUACAGUAUUGCAGUGUUGAUUGUCAUUUUUUAACUGUCUAGAUACUGUACAUGUAUGUCUAAAUACCCUUGAAGACCUCCAUGAAAAUCUCUUUGAUUCUGAAUGAAUGUCAGAGAGAUAUACAGCUGAGAAGAGUUACUGUCAGAGUUUCUGGUAUUGUUCUUUAAAGUGACGGCACUGGGCCAUGCUGCUUAUUUUGUCAUUAAAAUUUGGAUAGCCUUCCAUAGUCAAAGGAAUUGUAUAUGUUAAGUCACAUAGCAUGUGUGUGGGCUAUAUGUUGAGAUGGGAAACGUGAAAUGAUUGCAUUACUGCUUGCGUAAGACCCUUGCUAUGGUUGCUAUUCUCUACAUGUAUGCAUGUAUGUGCUGUGGACAGCAAACAGGUCUUGAGGGUAAGUUAGUGUAUCCUAAAAAACUAUGGUUUAAAUUUAAUUUUUGUGUGCUAGGUAGUUCAUGAAUUACAGCUACAGUAUACUAGCUAGUGUCCACUAUAUUGCUAAUUUUAGUAUUAUAAAAUAAUAAUUUAUUAAGGGUAUAAUUGUUCAUACCUAUGAUGUAUAAAAAAAUUAUUUACUCCAGCAAUCAUAAAUAUUCUCAUGAUGUUUAAAAGUAGUACUGUACAUGACUGUACCAGAAUUUUACAUUUUUAAUGAAUUACCAAUUUUCUGUAAAAUAUGGAUGAUACCCCAACUGUACAUAAUAUUUUACAUUUUUAUUUCAAUGCAGACCCCUAUAAGAGGCCAGUAGGUUUUAAUGAUUUUUGGUGUUCAUCGCCUCUUGUAAUCAUCAUCGAUCCAAGUCAGUUUUAAGAAACGAGAUUAAUAGUGAGUUAAGAAGGCAAAGAUCUUAGCUGUUCUAGUUGUUAAUUAUUUGUUAGUUGAUUGUUUUAAUUAAUAGCAACAAUAAUAAUUAUUAUUAUUAUGUAGAAUAAUAAAAAUGUGACAAUUCUAUAGACAAACGGUUUUCGGGGGUCUAUUAAGCAAAGUAAUAUUUAUGAAGGCAUUCAGGAAAUUUGAGAUCCGGAGAUAGGAAAUUCACUGGCUACAAUCAGAAGGAAUGGGCAUGGGAUUGGGUAUAGGUUGGUUAAGAUGGUUGUUUGACUUGUGAUGUCUGUGCUCUUUUGGCUAGACACCUAUUCAACAGUGGUGAGUGUGCUCCCAUUAUUGGGUCACCCUACCUUGUCGGUAAAUGGCUAUUACGACAUAAAUACAGGUGCUCCUCGACUUGCAAUGGUUCAACUUACAAUAUUUUGACUUUAUGAUGCUGCAUAAGCAAUUGUUUUGGAGAUGAAACUCAAGAUAAUUAUCCAUCAUGAAGGCAGCAAGACCGUAACUUGUUUUUUUUUUGCAACACAUCAGCCGUCUCCCACCGAGGCAGGGUGACCCAAAAAAGAAACACUUGUUUUCAUUUAUUUACCUUUUAAUACUGGUAUUUAGUUAGUUACAGCAAUUAUUUGUUCAUUUACUUAUUCUGUGACAUUAGUUAUUUGUUUACCUAUUUACGAUAUUUUCAACUUACGAUGGGUUUGUCGAAACAUAACCCCUUCUUAAGUCGAGGAGCACCUAUAUUAUAGAAUUUCGAGGAAUGCUUUGUAAGAAUGAUCAGGAGUUUUUUCAAGGAAUGAAUGUGUCUUGAACUCACAAUCUUAGCACCUGGUGGACUAGCAGAGGCUAAAUUAUUGCUUCAAGGCUCAUCCAGCCCUUGAAAAAGGUUACAACUGUUUAUUAGGAUUGAUCUGGCCUAGAGUCAUGUCAUUCCUAAUAAACAGACUGUUGGUGGUGAAGGCACCAUUAUAAAAAAGUUGAAGAUGAUGUCCCAUUUAGGGGCAGCUGUUAAACACUACCCAAGAUAAGGUUGCAGUUCUUAUUGUGACCACAAGAUAAGGUUGCAAUUUUUAUUGUGACUACUACAGCCCAGUGGGCAACAAUUUAGUCAGUGUUAGGUAAAAGGACACAAUGCAACUAAUGCGACAUUUUAUUGUGGCAACGUUUUGCUCUCCAGGAGCUUUGUCAAGCUGUUACUGCUUGACAAAGCUCCUGGAGAGCAAAACGUUGCCACAGUAAAAUGAUGCACUAAUUGCACAUGUGUUUUUUACCUAACAUAUUGUUGGUAAUUCUACCAACAUUAUUACAAUUUAGUCAAUGCUAGAUCAUAGGUUUGAGACUUGUCUAUCCCUUAAAAGAUAGGUUGCAUUCCUUACUAUUUUUCUGUUGAUAGGAACCUCUUAUGCUCUUAUUUAAUUUAGGACUCGUUGCUGAUUUUGGAUAAACAACACCUACUGUACCUUGGCUUACAUUACACUGAUACUGUAUAUCUAAACACACUAAUGUAUAUUUGCUCUAUAAUGUAGGUAUCAGGUAGCAGCUCCUACAGAUUAGUAAGGCUUUGUUUUUUAAUGUUUUUAAAUAAGUCAUAAGUAGGAAAAGUCAUGGAUUAUCUUAAUGUGACUUUCUUACAGAUAGAUGUCACUUGUUAGUUACAUUUUUGGGAAAACCAACAUUUGUAGUAUUUCUUAUAUAUUCUCUUUUUGUUUACCUUUAAGCAAGAAACAGUUUAUUGUAAAAUAAAUGACACUUGGGGUGUAAUCCAAAAAUUUUUUUUGAAAAUGGACAAAGCCUUGACUUUUUGAAAAAAAAAACAACAACAACAGGAAAUGAAUAUUGAGAGUCACAUAUAUCCAUCUGUUUAAAUUGAUCACUGCAAAAUUGAUAGCCUGUUCAUAAAUUGUGUUUGGCGAAAUGUGUAUUUUUUAUAUUUUCUACUUUUCUGAUCUGUAGUUAUUCAUGCUCUUUUUACCUUAACAUGAUAAAAUUUAGGUUAAGGCAGACAUAUUUAAAAUGUACUGUAGGGCACACUCAGGGAAUAAUGGGUCGAGUGCUGGCCCACCAUGAAAAAAAAAAAAUUCAAGUGGAAUGAAUUCCUUUUCUCUGUUAGACACUUUAAUAACUGAGGUAUGAAAAUUCAGCAGCACUGUAGUCCUGUAAUGAGUGUAACAGGUUUGUCUUUCCAAUUUCAAUAUCGUGGAAAAACCAUCUGCACUCUUGAAUUUUUAAUUUUAUUUUAAUUUCCGACUCUUAUUGCAAUAUUGUACGUGGAAUACCUCUAUGUUAUAGUGUAUGAAAACGUUGGUUCCUGGAUAUAUACUACAUAUUUGGUUUAUCAUAUUUAUUUAUUUAUAUAUUUAUUCGUUUGCUCUUACUGCCAAAGGUUUAGGGUAAUUUUUAUCUCUAAACUGUCAGGAUAUUUCCUAUAUAGGAAACUAUAUGAUUAUUUUUAUUCUGACCUUGAUGGAUCAUUUAUUUUAAGGUCAAAUUACUUGGCUUAAUUCUUGCUAUAAUUUUUAAUAAUUAAUGUCAAGGCAUUUAAUAGUCUUAUAUGUUAUAUUCUCAUUUAUCUUGUGAGGCUAUGCAGGUGGCUCCCAAUUUCUAAGCGCUAGCACUUGCAAAAUAAUUUAAAUUUUUACAACAGGUGAUAUGCUGUACUAACAUAAAUGAAUUGUAAGCAUUCUUUGUACUAUUUUGUUUUCCUAAAUAAACAAGUCAUUUGUAAGUUGCAACACACUUGGAACACUAGUUUGUAAGUUGGGAGUCACCUCUGUAAGUUGGGGGUUACCUCUACUGUAAGUACAGUGUCUACAUGGAUAUAGGGUAUGAUGGGGGAAUUUUAUAUUGUUUAACACCUUGCUAGGAAAUCCUUGGUUGUAAAUCCUUUUCAAACUUCAUUCUGUUAAUCACACCACUAUUAAUAAAAAUGUCAUUGAGGUUAGCGUAGACGGGGUCAUGACGAGCGAUGCACUUAUACACGCUGUGUAACAAUUUAUUAACUGUGGUCUUGUCGGUUGUAAGUUUAGUUUUGUCUAUAUAUUAUAGUACUGUACUUUAAAAUUGACUAAAUGAAGCUCAAAAAAUUAGAAUAUUAAAGUUAAAUAAAUUGGUUGUAAUAGUGUGUGUCUAGUGGAUUCUCAUAAUUCGUGCAAAUGCGUUUUUAAUGACUUUAAAUUUUAUGUUAAAGAUCUUAAGUCACACAUAAAAAUCUUGCUCUGAUGCAUGGAGAGAAUUUGUUCCCUACAUUAGGAAGUGUAGCAGUACUCCUCAGUAUAAACACCCACUGAGGUGGUCAGUUCCCUGUGCUAGGAAGUGUAGCAGUACUCCUCUGUAUAAACACCCACUGAGGUGGUCAGUUCCCUGUGCUAGGAAGUGUAGCAGUACUACUCAGUAUAAACACCCACUGAGGUGGUCAGUUCCCUGUGCUAGGAAGUGUAGCAGUACUCCUCUGUAUAAACACCCACUGAGGUGGUCAGUUCCCUGUGCUAGGAAGUGUAGCAGUACUACUCAGUAUAAACACCCACUGAGGUGGUCAGUUCCCUGUGCUAGGAAGUGUAGCAGUACUACUCAGUAUAAACACCCACUGAGGUGGUCAGUUCCCUGUGCUAGGAAGUGUAACAGUACUCCUCAGUAUAAACACCUGCUGAGGUGGUCAGUGUUUAUCUCUUCAUUUUCAGUUUUUCAUGGCUCUAUCUUGUCAUUGGAUAUAUUAACCAUGGUGCACAAUUGGAAUGCUAGUGAUACUGGACCCUUCAAGGGAGGUGCCUUGAUGCUGGUGAAGGGCUCUUGAUCCAAAGAACUGGAACUACCCUCCCUUUUCUUGGAUCGAAUCCAAUUGCCUCCAACUCUUCCAGCCUAAAUGAGAUGAUGGUAGUGACGCUAGAGGCACAAAGAAGAAAAUUACUAAAUGUGACACUGGAGGCUUCUAAAAGAUAGUUUAGGUAAAUAUUCUUGAUGGUGUGUGAUGGUAAGGCAUGCAUUAAGGCUGGCAACCCAUAGUUAUACUGUAAUAACACAUUUCCGUGUCUUUAACAGUCAAACAAUGGUAUGGGUGGGGUUAGAACUAGGCCAGUGUGUAAGCCACUGGAAAGAAAAAAAAAAUUGAAUCAACUUGUUUCCCCCAGUUUUUAGAAAUGAUAGGAGAUAUUUUAGGUAAUUUUGCUCGACUGUUUGUCAGAAUUUACUAUAAAAAUGGUUUUACAUGGCCUUUUUUGUUACAUUUGUAGUUGCAAUGAUUGCAUUAAGUUAUCCUAGGUAAAAUCUACAAAAUUAUUUCAUGUUCCCAUAACAUUUGCAUGCGCAAGACAUCUCGAUCUACGUGCAGUGACAUCUACAAUUUAAGGUAUCAGAAACUAAUAUUUUUGACAAAAUGAAAAAUUAAAAAAAAUUCAUCUGCACUUUGGAAGAUGUCGAGAAUGCAUUCUUAUUCUUCCUGCCUUACUUGCACCAUAAUGCUACUUUCAGGAACCUAAACCACAUGAAUUAUGAGAAUCCACUCUGUCUGUGUGUGUGCAUGUGUGUAUGUGUGUGUGUGUGUGAGUAUGUGUGUGCUUGUAAAAGUUAAAAGUCAGUACCAUGGUUGGAGCAGUUGACAAAUAACCAUUGUAUGUUAGAGUCUUAUGAUGGUUUGGUCAGUCUUGGACCAUUGUAAAGUCACGUGUGAGGUAAAAAAAUGUUGAUAAGCUAGAAGACACUAAGGGAGGGGAGGGGUAAUAGUGGUAAUAAUAAUAAUGUAAUCAAUUUAAGCACUAAACCCACAAGGGUCAUACACCAGUAGUAGAAGUAUGUAUGUAGUACUGUUACCAACAGUAAUAUUUUCUUGCCUCAAUUGCAUCUUGGCAAUGGUCCUGGCUGGACCAAAACACUAUCACAAGAGUUUUAUCUAAUUUGGGUUAUUAGUGAAUUGUUGUAGUUUUGUAUGUGGUAACCCUCAAAUGUUUCUUGAAUCACAACAGUGUUGAAAAAUUAAAAAAAAAAAAAAACACCAAAGUGCUCUACUGUAUACCUAAUAUAGGCCAUCUCCCACUAA